AUGCAUACAAACGAUAGCAGUAGAAUGACUUCUAAUUUCUCGAAUACAUCGAGAGUUAAGCACAAAAUUAUCUUUUUAGGUGAUCAACAUGUCGGAAAAACAUGUAUUAUUGAACGUUUUAUGUAUGAUGUAUUUGACGAAAAGCCUCAUCCUACUGUAGGUGUAGAUUUUCUUGCAAAGACUCUACAUAUUGAUGAUAAGAGUAUUAGACUUUCAUUGUGGGAUACUGCAGGAUAGGAAAGAUUCAGAAGUCUUAUCCCAAGUUAUUUAAGAGAUGCCACAUGCGCAGUAAUCGUAUUUGAUGUUACUAACAAAGAAAGUUUUAGUAAUGUAGAUAGAUGGAUUAAGGACUAUAAAGACAACAGAGGUAGCGAAGCACCAUGCGUUUUAGUAGCAAAUAAAAUUGAUUUAAAACUAACAAGGGAAGUUUAAUUAGCUGAUUUAGAAAAGAAAGCAAAGGAAAAUAAUAUGAAAUUUUACGAAAUAUCUGCAAAAACGGGUGAAAAUGUUGCUAAUAUGUUUAAGGAUAUGGCUAUUUCUCUUUAGCCUGUAGAAAAUAGUAUUCUUUCUCCUAACGCAGAUAAUCUAAAUAAUUAAAAAAAAGAUUACUAGUUUGCAAAUCAAAAUAAAUAGCCCUCUACAGGUAACACAGGAGCUCCAGCUUAGCCUGCUACAAAAGCAAGUACUUAAUAAACAUAAGCGAAUUAAAACUUUACGUUGAAAAACGAUAAGCCCCUUUUAAAUGGAUAAAAUUAGUAGAGUGGUGGUAAUACAGGUGGUUCUGGAAAAUGCUGCUGA